GAGAGAGAGAGAGAGAGAGAGAGAGAGAGUGAGAGGUUGUCGUGUACAGUGUUAUUGUAUCAUAAACCCGGAUCUCUGACAGUCAUUGCUCAUUCUCUGCACUGGUCGCUGUCCUCAUAUACACCUAACUUCCGCAAGACUAACGUCACCCCUCUGUGGAUUUAUUACUAAGUUUAAAACUGCUCCAAAAACCCAUGAGACUGGCAUAUUUACUGUGACAUAUUUUCUGCUCUGUGUGAGUUGUAUUUUUUUUUUUUUUAUGUGUGUGAAGUGACCUUGGGUGUCCUAAAAGGUGCUUUUAAAUUAAAUGUAUUAUUAUUGUUGUUGUUGUUGUUGUUUUUAUGAUUAACUUUGUCACACAUGAGACUAUAUUAAUUAUGCUUUAUUCAGCUUAUAGGUUAUUAGGGGAAACAAUAAAGAAACUCAACAAAGGGCCUACAAGGAGGAAGAAAGCACAAUAUAUGUUCAGAGAGAGAGAGAGAGAGAGAGAGAGAGAGAGAGAGAGAGAUAAUUGAGGGAAGAGACAGAAGGGCUUAAAUCAUAUUAGCGCUGGAGUGACGGAGAAGGCACAUUACAUACCUUUGCCUCGUCUUAGAUGAGAGCCAGACAGAAGCGAAGAAGCGAGCGAAAAGACGAGAGAAUCAAUUUACCAGCCUAAGAGGAUUUCACGUAAUAACGCUGUAUUAGACAGGAUUGCUUGCCUUGUCUGGGGAGGGAGGGAGAGGGAGAGAGAGAGAGAGAGAGAGAAUCGGAUAGAGAGAAUACUUGUAUGAGUUUUAUGGAAUGUGGAGAAUAAUUAGAUGUCAUGGGAAUCUUUGAAGAUAAUUUGUUAAUGCAUUUUUAGAAGCGGCGCGUUUCAGCAUCUUCUUGACCUGCUGAAAGCAGAUGUUGAUGAGUGACAAACAUCAAGCGAUACUCACAGUUGAACGGCGCUGACCAAGAAAUGUGCUCUCUCCUGAAGUUGCGCUUUUGUCCCACGCAGGGGGGUGGAGUUACAGACUGAACGAGCACAGCCUACCAAGCAUAGAGAGGGAGAGGGAGAGAGAGAGAGAUUGAAAAGGAAAGCGUUGGCUGUAGAUGGGGGUGAGGGUGAUAAGACGCCGACAACUUCCCCGUCACACGUCUCUUUGAAAGUGUGCAUCAUCUUUCCAGCUUACUCUCCAAUUGCGCACCCGAAAAAACGGAGCGUGCACCGUGCAAGGAUCACACCUGGCCUGUUCCUGGAAGCGAAAAUUGUGUCAUUAUCCAGACUAAUCGACAACUAAUGCGAGAAAAACAGAGCUUUUUAUCGGUGCAGCCUUUGUUACUGUCCUGUUCCAGCAUCCAACCAGCAGCGUAGCGGAACCACCUCCCAUCGCCGCUGUAAGCCAGUUACUUCAAGGCGGCCAGCGAGCAUCUCACAGGGGGGUAGACCUCUCGCUCCCUCCGGGUAUUUAAGCCGCGACCACCCCGGCAGCGAGUGCUUUCUGCCAAGCACUUGGACAUGAGAGGACCGGAGAGCGCUCGGCCAGCUUCAAACCGACAGCAGUUUCUACUAAAGAAAGAGAUUUUGGGGGUACGGGGGGAGGGGGGUUCUUACAAUGGAAUGUGAGUUUCACAAUACCCAACACCAAACAGAGAAACUGGUGCGAACCAGCAGUUAGUGGCAUAGAGGUCUUUGCGUUGGUUUUUUGACAAUUUAUGCUGUUACACGCGUAGAAUUUUGAUAUCACUUUUUUGCGUUGGAAGCAGAGGGGUUUUCGUCUCCUCGUGGAGCGAAAGCGCGAGAGAGCACAAGAAGAGGGAGAGAAAGAAAGAGAGACAGACAGAGAGAAAGAAAGAAGAAUGAAAAAGUCGAGGAUUAUGGCUUUCGCCACGGUGUGCCUGUGCCUGCUCACGCUGACCUGCGCAAACUUCCCCGGGCUGUCGGGGAGUAGACACACGGUGCACUGGAACAGCAGCAACAUCCAUUUGCGGCGAGAAGGCUACACGGUGCAGGUGAAUGUUAAUGACUACCUGGACAUCUACUGCCCGCACUACAACACCAGCCAGCGGGGCCCCGCCGAGCAGUACGUGCUCUACAUGGUCAGUUACCGCGGCUACCGCACCUGCGACCCGCAGCUGGGCUUCAAGCGCUGGGAGUGCAACCGGCCGCACGCCCCCCACGCGCCCAUCAAGUUCUCUGAGAAGUUCCAGCGCUACAGCGCCUUCUCCCUGGGCUACGAGUUCCACGUGGGACACGAGUACUACUACAUCUCCACGCCCACACACCACCACGGCCGCAGUUGCCUAAGACUGAGAGUGUACGUCUGCUGCUCCACAGCCUCCCAUGUUGAGGAUGAUCCUUUCCAGCCUACUGAGCCAGACUUCACACUCAGACCCAGCAUCAAAAUCCAGGACCUAGAUGAGUAUAACCCUGAAAUCCCUAAGCUGGAGAAGAGCGUCAGUGGGAGCAGCCCGUCCAAGGAUCAGCUCAUGUUCACCGUGGCAACACUCUUCCUGGCGGCCCUCUCUGUUUCCUAGCACCCGCUUCCCUGGCGUUGCCAUGCCGCCCGACCCUGGAAACAAGUUGCUGGAAGCGGUCCUGGGGCGGGUGGAUUCUGGAGAGACGCAAAGAGAGAAAGGAGGAGAGGAGAGAGAGAAAGACAAUAGACUAAAAGACUACAAGAAUGAAUAAAUAGAUGAGUAACGACGAGUACGAGGGGACAAAGAGAGGACAAUGUGGAGAGAGUUGGACGAGGACAGACUUUGGACGGACAUGCCCUUAGGGUGUUCAUAUGCUUAGUAGCAGUGUGGACAGUGUGUCUUGCUGGACUCGCACACCUUUAAAGCUCAGUGUGUGACGCAUUAGAUGCCUUUCUUUGUGCCAUGUGUGUAUGCCGAGCUGAGUGUGUUUGAGUGUGUACCUGUGUGCAUACGGAAGUGUUUGUGUGUAUGUGUGUGUGUAUUUCUGUUUACUUGCCAAAACCAUAGCAUCAUAUUACAGACAAAGCCUCUGCCCCCCAUGUCUUACGCUCACACAGACACACACACACACACACUCAAUCUCACUAUUACAUUGGCAGUUCAGAUUGUCUCUUUAUAGAGUGCAGAGGUGCAGUCACCUUUGUCUUCGUCUUUGUGGUGUUUUUAGAAAUGAUCUUCAGAAUGGGAGUUAAACAUUAAGUCAAUGUCCCAGUUCUGCCCUAUAAAUGACUAGAUAUGACGUGGCUUUGGCCUGGUAACCAUUUUACCAGAUGCUUUACGCUUGCAGUCAUGUAGUGUUUGCAACCACUAUCCUCUGAUUAAAUAUUUCAUUUGUAGCAGAAGCAGAGAAUGGAGAUCAUCCUUGAAAGAGACAAAAUCUAACAGACAAGACAGUAAAGAUUAAAAGAAAAACCUAUUGAUUGGCUACUCUGAUUGAUUUGGUAUUCAAAUGCAAGUGUGACAUGGUGCUGAGGGGUUGAUAGACCCAAUAGACCCAAAGAGCCAGAAUAACACUUAAUGCACACUAACACACUAACAGGCACACACACACACACACACACACACACACACACACACACACACACACACACACACACACACACACACACACACACACAUACAUUGAAUCAGUGGAUGCCUCUUGAACAAAUCAUAUUUUGCAAUCACAUGACCCCACAAUUGUGAACAAAGAUGGGUAGACAUGUCAGCCAGCUUUCUAAAUAUGAUGAUGAAUAUGGUUUUGUGUGUGAAUGUGUUUGCGUGCGUCUGUAUGUGUAUGUAUGUGUAUGUUUGUGUGUUUCUGUAUGUGUGUGUAUGCGUAUGUUUGUGUGUGCGUCAAUCUCAAAAUAAAAAGCAUUUCUUUGAGGCCAGGACACAUCUGUAUCAUCUUGUACUAAGCUACUGUAACGAAGCAACCCUUUGUCAUGAAUAUGGACUUCACAGUCGGGUGGAGAAGAUGUACAUAAACUCUUUGUAUCUGUUUUUUUUUUUUUUCAUGCGAUUGGACGAUUGUAUUUAAAUCACUCCUCCGUCUCUAUCGUUGCCGUGGACAACACAGCUGGUAAUGGAUCUGGGAGCUGUGGGGGAACUUUCAAUGCCAAACCAAUCAGAUUGCUGGACUGGGUUGCCAUAGCUACAAACACUUUCAACCCCUCACCAGUAUCAGCUGGACUUUCAUGGUUCCAUUCUGUUGCUAUCUGAUGGUUAAUCACAGUAACCAGCAGCUCUUAGGUGGUCCAUUUAAGUGUUAGGAAUGGUGGAAGGUGAAGAUGUCAAUGAACAGGAACUGCAAGUUUUAAAGUUUGAUUUUCAGAGGCUUUUACUCUCUGAACUUAAAAAAAACAAAAAGUUACCGUGUUGUUGCCAUGGUGAUCUCCCAUGAUUUUGUGAGCCUGAGUGGUAAUCUUCAAGUACAAAAGGAAAUAGGGGGCUAGCGCCCGCCUCAGCAGAUUUAAACAGCAUAUUUGUCAUGGCAACGCAAUCUCAACUCCACUGCAGUAGUUGAAGCUGAGGAAGCUGGGUGCAACGAUGUUUAAAUCACAUUAUUUGCUACCCAGCAUCAGAUGUGUAUGGUGAACUUACACUACAUCUGUUUUUUUUUGCCCAGCAAGUGGUAUGUCAGUGGUUUAAUGGGAGGUUAAAACCAACAAUUCAAUGUAGAAUUACAAGUUUAGUCCUUGAUUAUAAUACAGUACACUUUUUGCCAAAUGCAUUCAGUGUGUGUCCUAAAAAAAAAAAAAAAGUAUACAGAAGGGAUGGAUGUAUUUGAUUGGCUGUUGAGCUCAAAUAUGAACAUCCUUUCACCAGGAUCAAGGACUCACCUUUAAGUACGGUGACAGGUUUUCAUCCUGAUUCUAGUUUUGCUCAGGCAUUAAUAAGCAUUUAUUAUUUGUUGUGUUGACGCCCUGUGGCUCUGAGUGACCUAGGCUAGCCAAGUGCUUUAGGGAUGGGAAGCGGUGGCAGGUUGGGGAGGGUCCUUAACUCAGGCCUUACACUUCCCUACAACCCCCCACUGGACACUGAAAGGUACUCACUGUUUACCAUAGUCCUUCAAU